UGUCGAGCAGAGGUGAGAGGUCACUACAUAAUGUAAAGUCCACUGUUAAUCUGUUCAGUUAUGGUUCAUACUGAGGUGAGAGGUCACUAUAUAAUGUAAUGUCCACUGUUAAUCUGUUCAGUAAUGGUUCAUACAGAUCCAGGGUAAAAUAUCCAUACCGUACCCUCACCAAGAAUCGGCCCAGUGUGUUGGCCUACUCCGUACACUGUCAGACUGACUCCCUGGGCAGACCUCUGGCCGGGGUGGUGGUCAUCUGCAGAGACCGACUGUCUGGAGACGGAUUCAGCCACCGAGGCACUGUGCAGACCGUGCUUCAUGAGCUGUUUCAUGUGUUGGGUUUCUCUAAGAAGCUGUUCAACACCUGGAAGGACUGUUCCUACUCCACCCAACCUGGGGUCGUUUGCUCCCCCCGAGGUCAGGUGACCAACAAAGAUUCAACGGGUCAGGUGAGGAUCUACACCCAGUCAGUGAUCCAAGCCCUACAGAACCACCUGACCUCUACUGACCCUGAGCUGGGAGCACCGCUGGAGAACCUGGACGUUGGUUCUGUUGGUCUCUCGUCUCACUGGGAGUCCAGGGUUCUACAGGGUUCCAUCAUGGCGGCGGCUCUUGGGAAGCCAGCUGUGGUUCGGGUCGACCCGAUCACCCUGGCAGCCCUACAGGACACAGGCUGGUACUCUGUGAACCACAGCCGAGCCCAGAGCCUAGUGUGGGGAGAGGGUGAGGGAGCUCUUUUUGGAUCACUGUCCACCUGCCAUGGCAACUCCUCCUUCUUCUGCAGGGACAGUGGUCUUGGGUGCCAUUAUCUUCACCUCCACAAGGGGGAGUGCCAGACUGACCAGUACCUGGAUGGAUGCCGUGUUUAUAAACCUCUGACAAACCGGAGUGAGUGUUGGAUAAAAGAGAAUGAGUCUGAAACAGACGACUGGAGUGGAGAGACCUACCAUUUAGACAGCCGAUGCUUCAUCUCUAACCUGACCAGAGAGAAUGUCUCCCUCUCUGUCAGUGACUCUGUGGUGGGUCGUUGUUACAGACACAGGUGUACUGGACUGAACAGGUAUCAGAUACAGGUAUCUGGCUCUGAUUGGAUGGACUGCCCCGCUGGGGGCGCCACUGAGGUGACAGGAUACAGGGGUUUAGUGUUCUGUCCUUACAAGAGGUUGUGUUGGUACCCAGACAUUGACUUGUCCAACAACACCCAGAUAUCUGACUCUUCAGAUGUCUUAACCACAGACCCAUCGAUACCUGGGAAUGACUCCCAGUUACAUCAAAACACGACCCUUGACUCAAGCCUGACCUUUGACCAGGCCCCUCCCUCUCAAUUACCGGGGUUCAAUACAGACCUCACAGUGUCUUCGGUCCUGGGGGUCACUGGUGUUGUGUGUCUCCUGGUGGGCCUGACAGUCAGCUACAGGAAGUAUCUCUCCUUCAGAAUCAGGGUACAUGAUGCCCCUGAGACACACAGUGUUCUGCAGUUACACUCCAAUCCACCCAAAGACUAUUGACGGAGUUGGGAAAGAUCAUAGGUCACCUAAGGUGUUUAUACACAAAUGAAAGUACACUUUGCUCAGGAAUUACACCUUUGAAAUCAUGUCACUUCUCUCGUCAUGUCGAAGCGCCUCAGGGGCAGAAGAACUGAUCAACAGGCAUUUGCUGUUGUUUUCAUUCAUGAUGCACGCACACUCUGUAACUCUGUAGUAAUUAUUACUUAUGUAUGGACUAAUACUGUAUGUUAUAUGUCAAGUCCACAUAGGUAACUCUUGUAAUGUUCCAAUGAAAGAAUGGUCCUUUUGUAUAAAAAGACAAAAACCGGUGUCCAGUAUAAAUUGCAGUUCCAGCCUGUGGCGUCGUUAGGUCCGGGUGUUCUUUUAUGAAUAGCCCCGGAUCUCAAAUUGACCCAAGAAAAUUAGAAUAAAAUAAAAAAAGCUCU